CUUCAUGUAAACUGGUAUAGCAAGUCAAGAAGUUUUUUGGAUGGGGGCCCUAGGGCGAAAAAAGAAGUUUGUGGACACUAAAAGUUCAUCACUUUCUGUAGCGAUGACCUUACUGUAAACAUUGUACACAGGGGGACAUUUUUUUUUCUAUUUAUUUUUCUAAACAUUCAAGAUCUUAAGUGAAAAGAAGGUAGGUCUCAAAAUGAAGCAUAAGUGGCUAAUUGUGAUUCUAUGCAUUGCGACAAAUAGUGCUCAAAUUUUUGGAAUUCCUGUUGCCGACACUAUAGAUGAAGUUUCCAAGGAAAGUGUAGAUUAUCCUGAAGAAACGUACAAUUUGCCACCUGAAUUGUAUGAACCUCAUGACCAUGGAAGACCCAACUGUAAUUCCAAUUUUCAAAAUCCGGCGGCUAAGGAGGACAUGGAUGGAGACUAUAUUAUAGACGGCGAAGACAGAGAAAACGGAGUUGAAGCUUUGAAAACAAAAGAAGACUUGAAAACAAUAGCAAAUGAUCAGAUUAUGCUUUUUGGUGGAAAUCCUUCAUUCACGGAAACCGGUGAAAGGAUUGUUGAAGGUGAUAUUGUCGUUCCAAAAUAUGCAGAUGAUCAUAAGGAAUUAUCCCACAGAAAAGGGACCAUCAACUUGUUAGCUCUUUGGCCUCGAUCAACUGUUUAUUACACCUUGCAUUAUUCGCUCAAUCCCUUAGGACGUCGAGCGAUAAGAGAUGCUAUGGAGCAUUGGGAAAAUAUGACAUGCGUUCGAUUCGUAGAAAGGACUACACAGUUGUGGUACGUUCGAUUCAGGGGUGACAGAAAUGGUUGUUGGUCGUCCAUGGGAAGAAAUUUAUUGCCUUUAAUUGGCCAAGAUCUUUCAAUUGGAAACAGGUGUGAAAAGAGAUAUGUCGUUGUGCAUGAAGUCGGACAUGCACUAGGACUCAAUCAUGAGCAGUCAAGACUGGACAGAGAUCGCCAUGUUCGAGUAUUAUGGCGAAAUAUAGCAUUAGGAGGUCGCCCUCAGUUUUGGCGUGGUCUGGACAAUCCUCAUGGCGUGGAAUAUGAUUUAACAUCAAUCAUGCAUUACCAUGCUCAGGCUUUCAGCAGCCGCAUGUUCGAAAGAAACACAGUCGUCAGUCGCAAUCCUCAUUAUCAAAGAUUAGUUGGCAUGAAAAGAAAUGACGUAAGCUUUAGAGAUGCCAAAAUUAUCAAUUCGAUGUACAGAUGCGAUUCAAAAUGCCCGAAUCGGGGACAAAGAUGUGAAAAUGGUGGUUAUCUUGGUCCAUACAGAGAAGGUGAGGGUGGACCAUGUCCCUGUGUCUGUCCUCCUCACACGUCAGGGGAACUAUGUGAAUACAUUGUAAAACCAUACUAUGAGGAUCCACCCUGUGGAGGAAAUAUAACAGAUGAAACAAUAAUUGAAACUCCUGGUUUUCCCGAAAGAAAAGAACCUGAAAUGAGUUGCAGUUGGAUUAUAACAGCACCGAGACGGAAAGAAGUCGAAGUAGAGUUUGAAGAAUUCAGCUUCAGGGAGAGAUUGCAACAAGAAUCUAGUUCGUUUUAUGGGCGUUGCGUUAACGAAAGAGUUGAAAUAAGAAAUACUGAUUAUUAUACUGGAACAUUCUACUGUGGAACAGACAUAGAACCAGGUACCAAAAUGACAUCUCGGGGAGGAACAUUCAUUAUUCUAAUAGCUGCAGAUGAUGAAAUGGAAGGAAAAGGACUGAGAGCCAAAGUACGAUUUGUUUAAUAAAAAGAAAUAUGUUGAAAAUAGUCAUCGUGUACAUAAAGUACAAUAUGUCACAAGUCAUAUAAAGUGCUCAAAUACAUCUUAAACUGCAUGUCUAUUCACAAUUAUUUAUAGCACAUCAAACUAGCAUAAAUGUCAUAUCAUUAAUAAAUGCAUUCCUCAUA